AAUUGGUCAGUUGCCGAAAUAUCUAUAAGGGAAUUGUCAUUUACCGAAAAUCCUUUAGGUGCCUCAUUUAAUAGUUGUUUUGUCUAUAAAACAAUAGGUUAUUAUUCUUGACAAAAUUAGUAUCUUGCGAUAGAAAUGGCUUUAAUGGUGGUGUCUGCAAUUUUGUUCUUUUCAAUUUCAUGCGUUUUGGUAACUUGUUUUAGGAUACCAGGAUUCGGUGGCUCGUCUGGUAUGCAUGGCUCGCCCGGUUUAACGGGUUUUCCGGGUAUAGCUCCACCAACUUGUCAGACAAUCCAAAGCAAACACUGUGCUAAAUAUGGAUUCAAUGUAACAACCUUUCCAAACUAUCUUGGACAUACUUCGGUGGAAAUUGCAGAUAUAAAUUUGGGCACCAUACUCGAACAGAUUAAAUUUUGUACCAUAGAACGAACACGGUCUCAGUUAAUAGCAUGCGCAAUACACGUUCCAAUUUGCAUUGAGGGCAAAAAAAUACCACCUUGCUUGGAAGAUUGUAAAGAAGUAAUUACGACUUGUAAAGUAAACCAACUGCCAGGAUUGCAUAUGGCUGAAACACUUUGUGGAAUUUUCCCAUCCAAAGUAACUGCAGGAAACGGUGGCUGUAUAAGUAUGCCAUAGAGUGAAAGGUCCAUAUACAGUUUGGGAUAAUCGCAGCGUUAUAGUUGUAUUAUUAUUAAAUGCAUCAAGACAAUAUACCAAUGCUGCAUGUGGUUGAUAAAACAAAAAUGUUGUAUUGUUGAUACUAUCUGUUUUUAAAUUACAGAUCUAUAUGAAAUAAGCUUUUAUAGAACUUUUGGAUGACCAUUCAAGAUCAACCUGUUAGAAUAAUGUCUACGAUUAUAAAUAUAGACGAUUUUGUUUCAAA